UCAACACUCAAUUCCUCCCAUCCUUAACCUCUUAUCCUACAGAAUUAAUCAAUAUGGAUAUCAAAGAAUCUGCCGUCCACCAAACCCACGCCGGAUUACGCCUUCUGAAGCAGCUGCUGGAGACCCAACAAUUUAAAGCUAAGAACCUCGUAUUCUCCCCGUUCUCCAUCUACACCAUGCUCACUCUUCUCGCUAAUGGAGCUUCACCCGACUCCCAAAUGAUCCAACAUUUGCUUUCCUUCCUCAAAUUUCAAUCCCUCCAACAACUCAACUCCUUCCUUUCUAGCCUUUUUCCCUCCGUCUUCGGAGACGCCUCCGCCAAUUACGGUCCUAUCGUCACCACCGCCAACGGCGUUUGGAUCGCCGAUGAUCUUCCUGUCAAGCCCUCGUUUCAGAAGCUUUUCGAAACUCUCUACCAUGGAAAACUCAACAUCGUUGAUUUCGUGAACAAGCGACGUGAAGUGAUGGAAGAUGCGAAUGCGUGGGUUAAAGAACAGACUCGAGGACUCAUUCCCGAAAUCUUGAAAGACAUAGACGAAUCAUGCAGAGUGAUUUUAGCCAACGCAGUCUACUUCAAAGCUGCUUGGUCUGGUAAAUUCGACAAGUACUUAACCAAGGACCAAUAUUUUCGCCUUCUCGAUGGAACCUCCCGCAAAGUUCCUUUCAUGUCUGCCUCAACUAGUUACCCCCAACGCGUCUCUGUUUUCGACACCUUCAAAGUCGCAUCACUCCCUUACAAAGUCGGCGGCGGAAAAUCCUAUAAACCUCGCCAGUUCUCCAUGCUUAUCUUCCUCCCAAACGAUCGGGAUGGAUUGCCUUCUUUGAUCGAAAGAGCCUGCUCUGAGUCUGGAUUCAUUGACCGCCAUGUGCCUCCAAAAGCGGUGAUGGUACAUGAAUUUAAGAUCCCCAAGUUCAAAUUCGGUUUGGAUUUCAAAUUAGAGGAUACCCUGAGGGAAUUAGGGAUGGGUUCGGUGUUUUCGGGGGAGUCGUCGGGUUUCACGGGUAUGGUGGAAGAUCCGGCGGGGAGAGAAUUGUAUGUUUCGAAGAUGUUUCAUAAGGCAGUGAUUAGCGUCGACGAAGAGGGGACGGAGGCGGCGGCGGUGACAAUGGGAUUAAUGUUGGGAUGCUGUCUUAGGAGAGAGGAAGCGAAGCUUAAAUUUGUUGCGGAUCAUCCCUUUUUGUUUGUGAUUAGAGAAGAAGGGAGUGGAGCUGUUCUGUUCCUGGGUCAGGUUCUUGAUCCUUCUCUCCAUUAACGUGAUUAAUCACUAAUUAAUCACUGUUAAGUUUGGAAUUUGAAGAAUUAUGUUUGUGUUUUUCUCUCUUAAUUAUAAGGUUACAUAUGUAUGUUGGGAUUUAGUGUUUGUGUUGAAUCUGAAUUAAUUAAGUAAUGCCCAAGAUUUUAUGAAAACUAAUAUUUGAGUUGGGUUGAUGUAUAGUAUAAAUCUUCACUUUCAAGAAUCAAGACCUCAGUUUUGAAGAAAA